AUGAACGUUUUCCGACGGAGAUUGGGGCAUAUUCCCAUUCUGAAUAUCACCACUCGAGCUAACCGAUCUCACUGGCGACUUCUGGCAUUUCACCGACAUGGCCGUUUCCUCUCUAUCAGCCCAGGGCCGACCACAGAGCCUUCUACAGAGCCUCCACGCUCGUUUGAACUUCCUAAGUUAGUUCUUCGAGACUAUCAGGAGGAAUGCAUUCAGUCUGUACUAAAGUACUUGAACGAGGGCCACAAACGCCUGGGUAUCUCGCUUGCGACUGGUGCUGGCAAAACGGUCAUCUUCACCGAGCUAAUUGGUCGCAUCCCAUCACGCAAUGAGAUAGGCGACAAGACUUUGAUUAUUGUGCAUCGAAAAGAGCUUGUGGAACAAGCAGCCCAACAUUGCCGCCGCGCAUACCCUGACCGAACCGUCGAGAUUGAAAUGGGCAAUAGUCAUGCCUCGGGAGCUGGGGACAUCAUUGUCGCAUCUGUGCAGACUCUGACGCGAGGAAAUAGACUAGCAAAGUUCGAUCCGAAACGGUUUAAACUGGUGCUGGUGGAUGAGGCCCACCACAUCGUCGCGUCCUCCUACCGAGAAGCUCUCAAGCAUUUCGGAGUGGACGAAGCCUCUACGGAUUCUCCAGUUCUUGUUGGCGUCUCGGCUACAUUUUCUCGGAGCGACGGACUGAAACUGGGUGCUGCAAUCGAUCACAUUGUAUACCAUAAAGAUUACAUUGAUAUGAUUGAUGACAACUGGCUUGCCAAUGCGGUCUUUACUACGGUCCGCUCCGAGGCAAACCUGUCCAAGGUGAAAAAGGAUAGCUUUGGUGAUUUUGCAAUCGGCUCUCUUUCCAAGGCAGUCAACACAGAAAAUGUUAAUAAUAUCACCGUGCGUGCAUGGCUUGCUAACGCGCAAGACCGCAAAUCCACGCUGGUGUUCUGCGUGGAUGUCGCACACGCAAAAGCGCUUACGGAGACCUUCCGCAACUACGGCAUCGAUGCACGGUAUAUCACUGCAAAGACCUCAAAAGACGUACGGAUGGAGCAGCUGCGUGCAUUCAGAAACCAAGAGUAUCCCGUGCUGCUGAACUGCGGUCUCUUCACAGAAGGGACUGACAUCCCGAACAUCGACUGCGUCCUACUUGCCAGACCGACUCGAUCGCGGAACCUCCUCAUCCAGAUGAUCGGCCGAGGACUCAGAUUGUACCCCGGCAAGGAAGACUGCCAUGUAAUCGACAUGGUGGCAACCCUCAACACCGGCGUCCUCUCCACACCAACCCUAUUCGGCCUACAUCCGGACGAAGUCCUGCAAAAUGCCAAAGCCAAAGACCUGCGAGACAUGCCGCUCGAAGACACCGCAUCCGGGACGGGGACCCCAGCCGAUGAAACGGAGGAUCCGCCCCCCUCCCCGGACGACUCAGACGUCAACCUAACGUUCACAAAAUACGACACAAUCUACGACCUGAUCGCCGACCUCAAAUCCGAAAAACACAUCCGUUCUCUGAGCCCACACGCCUGGGUCCGCGUCGGUGACGACCGCUACGUCCUCUCCGACGCCUCAGGCUGGCUCACAAUCGACAAGGAAGAAGACACAGGUCGAGCGUACAAACCUAAUCCCAAACCCGGCCAUACAACCGCCAACCCUUACAUCUUCACCGUCCGCCACGUCGCCAAAUUCAAGAACUCCGAUGAUACCGUCACACAUACCCGUCCGCGACUCAUCGCCACAGCCUCCGACUUCGAGACCGCCCUCCAUGCCGCAGACACAUUCGCAGCCAGCGAGUUCGAGGAGAGAUACAUCUCGGUAUGGCAGACGUGGAGGCAGCUCCCCGCGUCGGAUGCGCAGGUUCGCUUCCUGAAUAAAUCGAAGGUCCGGCACGGGUUGAUCGACAGGAAACAUCUUACCAAGGGCCAGGCGGCGGAUCUGAUCACGAAGUUGAAGUUUGGUGGGAAGAAGCGGUUCGAGGCUCGCAAGGCCGAGCGGCUUGCUGAGUUGCGGAGGCAAGAGGAGGUUGAGGAGCUGAGAAGACAGGGUGAUGUGCGGGUUGGGCCGGUUGAGACCUAG